AUGUCUCUCUUCGGUUCCGUCGGCGCUACGUCGACAGCGGCUGGCCAAACCAACACGACCGGCGAUAUCUCGAAAGAUGUCGCUUUGAAUUCCCCUCCCGAAGAUAGUAUCUCCGACCUUCAGUUUUCUCCAGCAAGUGAACAUCUUGCGGUAGCUUCGUGGGACAAGAAGGUCCGAAUCUACGAGAUCAACGAGCAGGGCCAGAGCGAAGGAAAGGCUCUAUUCGAGCAUGAGGCUCCCGUGUUGAGCUGCUGCUGGGCUCCGGAUGGAACUAAAGUGGUGGGAGCAGGCGCCGACAAGGCUGCGCGCAUGCUCGAUCUGGGAGCAGGCGCCACCACCGCCGUUCAGGUCGCCGCCCAUGAUGCCCCGAUCAAAUGCUGUCAAAUGAUCCCCAAUCCUGCCGGAGGCACCCCUCUCCUCAUCACCGGGUCCUGGGACAAAACGGUUAAGUAUUGGGAUCUUCGACAACAGACUCCCAUUGCUGCGGUGGAGUGUCAGGAGCGUGUCUAUACCAUGGACGUGAAGAACAAGCUGCUAGUCGUGGGCACUGCAGACCGUUACAUCAACAUCAUCAAUCUCGACAACCCAACCAAGUUCUACAAAACAAUGCAGUCCCCCCUCAAGUGGCAGACGCGGGUAGUCAGCUGCUUUACCGACGCCACGGGGUUUGCCGUGGGCAGUAUCGAAGGCCGCUGCGCCAUCCAAUACGUCGAAGAUAAGGAUUCCAGCUCGAAUUUCAGUUUCAAGUGCCACCGCGAAACUCCUCCCAACAACCGCGACAUCAACAACAUCUACUCCGUCAACGCCAUCUCCUUCCAUCCCGUCCACGGCACCUUCAGCACCUCCGGCAGCGACGGUACAUUCCACUUCUGGGACAAGGAUGCCAAGCAUCGUCUAAAGGGAUACCCGUCUGUUGGAGGAACUAUCUCCAGCACUGCCUUCAACCGCACCGGCACCAUUUUCGCAUAUGCCGUGAGUUAUGACUGGAGCAAGGGCUACUCGGCGAACAACCCGCAAUUAGCCAACAAGGUUAUGCUGCACCCCGUCGCACAGGAAGAAGUAAAACCCAGACCUGGUGCUCGGAAGAGGUGA